AUGAUUGGUCUCCCAUUGGACGAUGCUUCGCCAAGAACUAAAAAGUACACCUCUGUUGGUGCUGCUUCCUUAAUCAUCUUUCUCAUUGUAUUCUUUUCCACCAAUUUAUUCGAAUACACAAAGAUCUUCUUCACCACUAUCCCCAAAGACGACUCCAACAUUUGUCCCGUUGGUAAACCAAUUGCACCUGCCUCAUUCUACAAAGACAACUCCACUGUAUUGACCAUCUUAAACAAUGAAGAGUAUAGAGAGAAAUCAAUCAAGAGAUUGUCGGGCGCUAUUCAGAUUGAUACUCAAAUCUUUGACAAUCAACCUGAUGUCGAUGAAAGUCCAAAGACGUGGGAAAAGUUUGAAAACUUUCACAAAUACUUGAAAAAGACCUUUCCUUUGGUUUACGAACAGAUUGAAGUUGAAACCGUCAACACUUAUGGCUUGAUUUACACUUGGAAAGGCUCAGCAAAGAAGUUGAAACCAAUAUUGUUGACAGCUCACCAAGACACUGUUCCAGUACAAAACGAAACCUUGGACAAAUGGACAUUUCCACCUUUUGAAGGACACUAUGAUGGUAAAUUCAUCUAUGGCCGUGGUGCUGCCGACUGUAAAAACGUAUUGAUUGCAAUCUUGGAGACCUUGGAGUUGCUUGUCAUCCAAGGAUACAAACCAGAAAGAACCAUUGUUGCUGCAUUUGGUUUUGAUGAAGAAUCCUCGGGUCUUCGUGGUGCAUCAAGAAUUGCCGAGGUUUUGGAAAACAAAUGGGGUAAAGACUCAUUUUACGCCGUGGUUGAUGAAGGUGCAGGCUUGAGCAAAGACCCAAUCACUAAAACUGUGUUUGCCAACCCAGGUACCGGUGAAAAAGGUUACAUUGACAUCCUUGUAGACUUGACCACCCCAGGUGGACACUCGAGUAUUCCACCUGACCAUACUUCAAUUGGUAUUGUUUCUGAAUUGGGAUACCUCAUUGAGAAAGACCCAUUUGAACCCAUCUUGACUCCCGAAAACCCAAUCUUUGAAUACUUUCAAUGCCUUGCCGUGCACGAUCCUAAAAACAAGAUUCCAAAAUUCUUUAAAAAGACAAUUUUGAGAGCAGCUUAUGAUAAAUUCGCCAAUGCUAAAUUGGUUGAGGCUAUCUCAAAAAAUAGAAUUACAAAAUACUUGAUUAGAACAUCUCAAGCCCUCGAUAUCAUCAAUGGAGGUGUCAAGGCCAAUGCUUUGCCAGAAAACACCAAAUUAUUGGUCAACCACAGGAUUGCAAUCGAAUCAAACGUUGCCGAUACCAUUAAGCAUUUCAACAAAAGAGUAAUUGAAGUUGCCAAAGAGCACAAUUUAAAAGUUGUCUCCUUCAAUGAAACCGUUUAUGAGCCCAAAGAAUACAAUGGUGCCGGUGUCUUUAACAUUUACUCUACCCACGGAGGUUUGGAAUCUGCACCAGUAACCCCUUCAAACGAUACUGUUUGGAAAUACCUUUCUGGUGUUACCAGACACGUGUUUGAAGACCUUGUUUUCACCAACAUUUCGUACCCAAUUGUUUCGAGUCCAUCCAUCAUGACUGGUAACACUGACACCAGAUACUACUGGAACUUGACGAGAAACAUUUUUAGAUACUCGCCAUUCUACGUUGAAAGCUUUAUCGCUGGUAUGGGUAUCCACUCUGUCGAUGAAAGAUUGGAGUUUGAUGGCCAUUUGCAAUUGCAUGCUUGGUUCUAUGAAUACUUGCAAGCCAUUGAUACUGCAAAAGCAGACAAUUAA